AUGAAUUGCAUGACUGGCGCGCAGCCGCGCGCCAAGGAAACCAGCUCAGAGAUAGCUAGUACUCUAAGGCACUCCAGUUCGUCCAACGACCUUCCCCUCCGCCGCGCAAUGUCCUCUGCCCAAUUUUCCGAGACCCACCUUGUCACGAUCCGACACAUGUGUUCCGUUCUCGGGGAACAAGAAGUCUGGAGCCUGAUCUACGCAGUGGCGCCUCCUGCGCAGCUCCACGUGGUUAACAGCUUUUCUCGCCAUGGCGAGAAUGCUCGGAAAGACAUUGCGGCGGAAGCGCAAUCGCUUGCUUCCGAGCGCGAUGCCACGCUACAAGAAGUUGCCGACCUCAACGCUCGAGGUCGUGCUCUGGAGGAUACCCUCCGUCACACGAUUGCCCGUAUGUCCCGUAUGUCCUCGCAGACGAUUCGAAGCCGAAGCAACGCGCCCAAGUUAGUCGUGUCGCGGAUUUUGAACAUCGACAACUAUGAGAUCUGCGUGUCUUUCGCCAUGUCGCAUCUUACUGGUCGUGUGGUUGAUUGGGCCUGGGGCCUAACUUGCGAAGAUGGCUUCGCGUUUGCCACUUUCGAUGAUUUCAUCGAACAAUUGAAGGCAGCGUUCCUGCCACUGAACAGCGACUUCCGAUUUUCGGUUCUCCAAUCGCGCACCACGACCAAGACCCGCGACCCACAUGACAUGGAGAUCUCUGCUAUGACCUCACUCACCACCAACCGUCGUUGCUUCAACUGCAACCGACCGGGACACUUCUCCCGCGAGAGUCGGCAACCACGCCGUGCGCCGACAUCCGCUCGUGGUACUGCCUCAUGUCCUACACACUUAGCGCAUCCCGUUGUCGAUCGCGCACGCGGCGGUGGCGAGUUUCCUUAG